AGAAGAGGCCGGUUCCGUCUCCGUGAAAGUGGAUGAGAAGCGGCGAGAAGGAAGAUGAGAGUCCGCGAAAGUUGAAGUAAAAAGCCUGCACAACGAACAGCAACAGCCUGCCUCGUCCACUGCGACCAGCCAAAUAUCUCACGUUAAGAUGACAUAGAAUGGGUUGGGUGGCGCUAGGGCGGUGUGCGGGUGGUGGCGGCCGCCUCUCGUCCGUCCUCUCGCUGUCUCUCACCUCCCUCGCAAGCUCCCUCAUCUUCACCAUCCUCUGUAUCCUCACACUUGCCCUCGCUCUUGUCACCCUCGCGCGUGCAGAGAACAUCUUCGAGGAGGGCAAGUCGGACAAGGAGAUCCUGGACCACCUGCUGCUGUCGACGCGUUACGACAAGCGGCUUCUGCCCCCGGUCCAAGAUGCGGAUCUCUGCUGCGGAAUGCGAUGGCCUGGUGACGCCACCAGCCCGUCGAACCGGUCGUCGACCUCCUCUAACGACCCCAAGAACCAGUACAAGAACCAGAACAAUAACCACUACACGCCGCACCAACACCUUCGCACCCACCUUCGCGGAACCUUGACCGUGAACGUGAGCGUGCUGCUUCUAAGUCUGGCGUCCCCUGACGAGUCCAGCUUGAAGUACGAGGUGGAGUUCUUGCUGCAACAACAGUGGUACGAUCCGCGACUGCGUUACAGCAACCAAUCGCAGUACGACUUCUUGAACGCAAUUCAUCAUUACGACGACAUCUGGUUGCCGGACACGUACUUCAUAAUGCACGGGGACUUCAAGGAUCCGCUCAUACCCGUUCAUUUCGCCCUACGGAUAUACCGUAACGGGACGGUCAACUACCUUAUGAGGCGUCACCUUAUCCUAUCCUGCCAGGGUAGACUGAACAUCUUCCCCUUCGAUGACCCACUGUGUUCAUUCGCGAUCGAGAGCAUAUCGUACGAGCAAACGGCGAUCACUUACGUGUGGAAGAACGACGAGGGUACAUUGCGGAAAAGUCCGAGUCUGACGUCGUUGAACGCGUACCUGAUCAAAAACCAGACAAUCACGUGUCCGAUCAAAGUAAGCUGGCGAGCUGACGGACAGAUCAUGGUCGACUACGAGGACGAGUUCGAUGAAUUCGGGGACUCAAAGUGCUCGCUGUGCCAGCGCAGGUUUGAGGAGCAAGGUAACUACAGCUGCCUGAAGGUGGAUCUGAUUUUCACGCGAGAUCGUGCCUUCUACUUCACGACGGUCUUCAUCCCGGGAAUCAUUCUGGUGACCAGCUCCUUCAUUACCUUCUGGCUCGACUGGAACGCCGUGCCGGCGCGUGUAAUGAUCGGUGUGACGACGAUGCUCAAUUUCUUCACGACGUCGAACGGUUUCCGGUCGACGCUGCCCGUCGUGUCGAAUCUGACUGCCAUGAACGUGUGGGACGGGGUGUGCAUGUGCUUCAUCUACGCCAGCCUGCUCGAGUUCGUAAUCGUCAACUACAUCGGCCGGAAACGGCCGAAGGACAACGUCGUCUAUCGUCCCGGAGAGAAUCCCGUCACCCAGCGGCUCCCAGCGGUGCUCAGCAGGAUAGGGAUAAUAUUGGCCAGCCCCUUGAAGCGAGAGGGCGGUCCACCAACUAGAACCACCACAGGGACGAACGAGAUCGUGACCUGUACCAACUGCGGACCUAAUCCUUGCACGCACACGGCCACCAAUGGAUGUACCGCGGAGUUGAGAAAAAAGGAACGAUGGCAUCCGAUACGUGCGGCAAAGACUAUCGACGUGAUAGCGCGAUUCACAUUUCCGGUCGCCUACGCCAUGUUCCUCACGUUUUUCUUCGUCCACUAUAAGGGCUCCUCGUAGACCGGCACCCGGAGUGAAGCGAUUUCGUCGGGAGCUUUCCACCGUCGAUCAUCGAAAGACGAGAACUGUCUGUCUGUCGUGGAUAUAAGACGCGUCCGUCGUUCACAGUUACCGUGAUUAUAGCUCGAGAAUUCUCGAGUUAUAUACGUCGAAGCUAGUCCGAGGGAAAAAAACGGCCGGCGGUGUGGUACAUAUAUUUAAUCGACGGGUAAAUGGAAAGCGUUCGUAAUAUCGCGCCGUAACGGUCUCUUCUUUACCGGCACGGUAAAAAAGAAAAAAAUCGCGGCAAGGAGUUGGAAAACUCUGGAUGUCGGGCGAAUUAGCCUUUUCUUCGUCUUUAUUCACACGCGAUAAUCCGGUAAACGCACCCUUGUUCCAACGAGUUCGACAACGAACAACCACGUACACACAUGUGUGUGUGUGUGUGUGUGUGUGUGUGUGCACUCUCAGGACACGUCGGUAGCAAUAUCAAAGAGAGAACGGAGAAAAUGGACGAACACAGAGGGAGCACAGGAAACCACACACGAGGAGCACACGCUCGUUACUUUUUUUUUCCCCUUCUACUUCAUUAUUUCUUCUAUCGUCGAAUAGUUCACACGCCGUUAAAUUCUCGAGGAUAUGCUUCUGACAAAUUAGCCGAACGAAUCAAACCUAACCUACCUACUUAAGGAACAACCGCCGUUUACCACUUGCCCCUUACUCUCGUAUAAUCUCAAUAUGGAUAAGAUAUAUAUAAAAUAAAAAAAAAAAAAAAAGGUCGAUGCAAGUGUCGUCCAUGAAAUCGCCAACUCGUGAUUCGCCUUUUACUUAACGAUCGACCUCUGUUUCUCACGGUAUUCUAUAUGGUCGGGGCACCGUUUUUCAAAACGGCACCCAACACCCGGCAAAACUGAACGCGAUCGCGCAGGUUAGUACACUCUGUACUCGUAGAAACCUUUAAACCAAAAGAAAGAGAAAAAAAGACGUUCGCUUUUAAGCA